AAACAGUGGAUAGCAACCUGUCAAUUUCCCAUAAAAUCACGAAACUACUAGCACGCAAUCCAGUGGCUUACAAACGUGACAAACUCGCUGUGGCCACUAGACUACGCGAAGGAUCCUGGAAAUUUUAUCUCCAGGGCUAAUAUAUCUAGCGUAGAUAACAGACGCAGUGGUACGAGGAGCUCUUCCAAGGUUCCCGUUGAGAUUCGGUUGAUAGCGACAAUCCUCCCUCGUUUCCUUCCCAUUCUCUUCGCCUUCCUGACGUCUGCUUGGGAUCGAAAAUGUGUGUUACCAAGAUUCGCCGCAUAGCUGUUAUCGGCGCUGGGCCGGCAGGUCUUGCUUCCGCCAAAUUCCUUCUCGCCGAGAAAUUCUUUGACAAAAUCGAUGUCUUCGAGCAAAGGAAUUCCGUAGGCGGAAUUUGGAAUUACUCUCCAAGCUCCUACAAGUCAAAGAUCCCGACGACCGCGCCGCAGCUCAACCCCAAUGAGCCACCGGAAGAGCCCAUAUGGCAUGCGUCAGGAGAUAGCCAUAGUGCUCGUGAGGCAUUGUUUGUGUCACCGAUCUACAGGCAACUGGAGACCAACAUUCCCAAGGAGUUGAUGGCGUUUUCCGAGAAGCCAUUCCCUGCUGACUCCCAGCUCUUCCCCAAGCAUCCAACAGUCAAGCAAUAUCUGGAAGAGUAUGCAGAAGAAGUGAAACAUCUUGUGCAGUUUGAGAUGCAGGUUCUCGAUUUGAGACCGGAGAGCUCCGGCGCUGACACUUGGGCCUUAACCACGAAGAAUCUCCGUGCGGGCACCAAGAAGACUGACAUUUACGAUGCCGUUGUUGUCUCUAAUGGUCACUAUAAUGUUCCUUAUGUUCCAGAUAUUGCGGGUAUUAAGGCUUGGAAUGAAGCAUAUCCGGGGGUGAUCUCACAUUCGAAGCUCUACGACUCCCCGGAGGAUUUCCGGGAUAAGAAGGUCGUGGUCGUAGGGAACUCUGCUUCUGGCGUUGACAUCGGGGCUCAAAUCAACAAAUUCAGCAAAGGGAAACUACUGCUUUCUUCCCAGUCCUUUGAGUCUGCAUUCACAGGCACUACUACCGACACCGAGAAAAUCGACUGCCCAGAAAUCGUGGAGUUCCUACCGCCAGCUAUCCAUAAACGUGGCAUACGAUUUGCAGAUGGUCGGAUAGAAGAAGAUGUCGACGCUAUUGUGUUCUGCACCGGUUAUCUGUACUCGUAUCCAUUUUUAUCGUCCUUACAGCCACCUGUCGUGGUUGACGGUAGCAGAACUCUCAACGUCUACCAACAACUUUUCUACAUACCGAACCCCACUCUAGUAUUCCCGGUCUUGGCACAAAGGAUCAUACCAUUUCCCUUGUCAGAAAAUCAAGCAGCAGUGUUUGCACGCGUAUGGUCUGGACGUCUAAGUCUUCCAUCCCGCGACGAGAUGAAAGCCUGGGAGGAUGCGACAAUUGCGGAGAAGGGUGAUGGGAAGGCAUUCCAUGUACUUCCGUUUCCACAGGAUGCUGACUACCUCAAUUUCCUCUAUGACUGGGCAGCAAAGGCCGAGAAACGCCCGGGUCUUGCAAACAACGGAAAUGGAAAACAAGGGGCUCGUUGGGAGGAGAAAGAAAGAUGGAUGCGAGAACGCUUUGCUGAUUUCAGGAGGGCAUUUGUCGGAAAGGGCGAAGAGAAAGGCAAUAUCAAAAGCCUUGAAGAGCUCGGCUUUGACUAUGAUCAGUGGAAAUGAAAGCAAGGCCAGAGUCAAUAGUAACUGGGAACCGCUGAUUGCUGUUUAGGAAGGGAUAGAUAACUUUGGACACUCUCACCUUCGGCUGGACAUUUAGACCCAAGAUAGAUAUUUCUAAUAAUUGACUUGUAGAUUGAAUUGUCCGUUACGGGGUACACUAUGCUGUGUCU